GAAAGCGGCCGGGGCCUGUGUGCUUUUUACAAACCUUACCGUCUUAUGGACUGGGUUUUUCAAUCUUUUUUUCCGACGGAUAAUUUUUUUUUUUUGAUUUGUGUGAGUUAGGUGGUGGACGUGCAGGACAUAUUUCAUAAUUCGUUUCUGACAAAAAGAAAUAGAAAUAAAAUUAUCAUCAUCGGACCGGAACGAACGGACGUUUCCUCCGCAGACCAGAAAAUUGACUUUUAAUCCUUAAAACGAGAAACAAAAUAAUCAUCUGGCUUAACACGAGCGACAAAGUAGCAACACGUAGAGGCGAAACAAUCGCAGUCACCCAGGGGCUAAUUAAAAACAAUCGACGGAAGCCGGAGAGAAAGAGACAACGACACGUUAUUAGGGCAGAAAAAAAAAAAGGGCCACUAGUCGAAGAGGAAAAAGAAUGCAAAGGACGGGAGAUAUUGCGCGCACUUUUCCAACGGCUGCGGUCCACACUUACUACCACAGCAACGCGUGAUUUUUCAUCACAUUUGCGCGUCCAGGCAGCCGGGCAGUCAUUUGUUUGAAAAAUCAGCGCUAGAAUAUGCGCUAGCGAAGUUUUCUUCCGCCGGUCGUAAAUUUGAACCAAAAAACAUCAUGCAUCUGGCUAGUGAAGUCACCUCGACCACCGGACACUAUUAUGGUAACUUGACCGCGGAGAUGUUGGCGGAAAGAACAAUCGACGGUCUAUUAGCGGAACAUCCGGGCGAAUUAACGAGGACCGGGUGUCCGCACGUGGUUUGUACGGUGUUACCUCCGCAUUGGAGAUCGAACAAAACUUUACCGGUUGCGUUUAAGGUUGUGGCGUUGGGCGAAGUCGGAGAUGGUACUGUGGUCACUGUACGAGCGGGCAACGACGAGAAUUAUUGUGCCGAAUUGAGAAACUGCACGGCGAUUAUGAAGAAUCAAGUUGCGAAGUUUAACGAUUUGCGAUUUGUCGGCAGAAGUGGCAGAGGCAAAAGCUUUACUCUGACCAUUAUAGUGUCCACAUCGCCACCUCAAGUAGCCACUUAUAGUAAAGCCAUUAAGGUUACAGUGGACGGACCAAGAGAACCAAGAUCCAAGACGCGUCAAGCAGGGUUUCAUCAUUUUCCGUUUGGACCAAGACCGUUUCAUCCUGAUCCUUUGAGUGGAAGUUUGCCUUUUAAAUUGAGUGGUAUCGCCCACCACUUGGCAGGCCUACCAGGACACCCACACGAAUGGGCCUUUUUGGGAGCCAGACACCCAUAUCCUCAUGGACCUUUAUUACCGCACCAUCAUCACCACCCACCUCAUUUUCCUCCUCACAUGUUUGCAGCUUUAGACCGUCCUUUGAACGCCUCACCAAGAAUAGCUAAUGAAGCAUCUUCAACAUCGUUGGGCCCCAUAUCAAUCAACUGCAAUUCCGCCCAUAGCACAACAUCGCCGAAAGCUUCACCAACCCCAGGACUUCUAACGACAGCUGAAAGUUCCAAAGAUGACAUAUCAGUAACAGCUUCUCCAACUCCCAGUCCGCAACCUCCUCCAGCUUUUCCAGGAGUUCCGCCACCCAAUCAGCAGCAGCAAUUGUUCAAUAAUGCUUUAGCUGCUAGUUUGUUUUUGAACACGCCUCUUCUACCACCUCCCAGUCAGUGGUUGUAUUCGCAAUUUUAUCCCGGAGAUUGGAAUUGGAUGAACAACUUGAGACAUCCUUCGUUGGUUUCUUCGAUAUUGUCGCCUCCUGCUGAGGAUUCACAAAAUCCUGAUAGUUCUAGCGAAAAGUUGGAUGUGACGGAAGUUGAUGACGAGCCAGCGGUUGUUGAUAAAAAAGCUGCUGAAGGAGUAAAUUUGUGUAUUAAAAGUAUUAAAAGUAGACAUAAACAUGAAGAUAAGAAUGGUAAGAAUAAUAGUAAAAAUUCAGAUGUAUGGCGGCCGUAUUAAAUUAGAUAC